GACAACGCCGCCCAUGCAAUGCAAUUGAAGAAACUGUUCCAUCGGCCUGCAAAAGGGCCGCCCGUUGCUGUGGUCCCUUGCCUUGUGCGUAGGACCGGUAAAAGAUCGCAUUUGGUUAAAGAGGCGCCCGUAAGCAGGUAGCGUGGCGCAUGAAUCGAGGGACAAAAUAUGGGGCUUGGCGUCCCUCACAUUGACGAUGUUCUACUGCAACGCGCAAAUAAGCCUCAUCUGGUGGAAAUUGUAAGGGUUGGCGUGGACCAAGGGCAGAAUGGCAAAUCUACAUGUUUGCAUCUAACAACCUCGUGGGAGUGGAGAGCCACUAGGCCGAGUUAAGAUGCAAGUGGGUGGUGGCGCGCGUCUAUGGUAGUCGAAUGGCAGACAGGGAACCCGAAAGGACCCGCAGGGCAAACGGGG